UACGGGUUUCUGAGAUUUGGAUGCAGCAGUUUGUUGACAUCAAGACAAAUAAUCUCUGUUUAAGGUCAAACAGUUAUAAAAGAUGUCGGGUCUCAGUCAGGAGCUAAAGCGUUGGGCUGUUGAGGAACUUAAUCUGCCAGCAGCCAGACUCCCUGAUGACGGAUAUAUAAAGACGUUGUGCGUUGGUCCCGGAGCUUCCAUUUGGAAAUAUAUCACGCAGCAUGUGUAUAAAGAGAGGAAUGUUCGGGUCAUGAGGGGGAAUCUUCGGUGGUACAAAGUUUUACAAGAUGAAGAGCUGAAACACUUGAACAGUCAGAAUACAGAUGCAAGAAGGCUUGAGCUUCAGAAAGCAAUUGAUGCCCUUCAGACUGAACUUGCUCAACUGGACACAAAGAUCAGUCGGGUGGAGGAUCAGCUUGCUACUGAAGAGCAGAAUGUGAACAGGAACUGGGAGGAUUUCAUUGAGAACAGACGGAGAAAGCUCCUAUUGGAUUCCUUCAGGCAACGCUGCACAGAGGACAGAAAAAUCCUCCUGGAAGACACACACAUGAUUGGCACCCAACGACAUGCCGUGGAAGAGCUGUCCAAGAAAGCAGAAGUGAAGCUGGUGUUUGGGCCAUCCAGCAAAGCAGACUGUGGAGCUGGUGCAGAUCCUUUGGUUUUAAGGGAUAUCAGAGAGCUCUGCAAUGAAAGAGUUCUCUUUUUCCAAUGCCUGCUAGAGAGUGAACUGACAGCAAAUUCAUCGGCCGAUUUUACUAAUGAUCAAAGGAAUGCUGUGAUCCAGCACUGGGUGAGUGCAGUGGAGAACGUCCUACGUUCUCACCCUCCAAACCAAGUGCUCUCAGCUCUUCAAGCUCUGAUCUCCAGACAGCAGGUGGCACUAGAGGACAAAAUUGCAUCUUUGGAUGUAGAGCGUGAUGUAUCCACUUUAGGGUUUUGUUACGAGAGUGAUCAUCUUAUAGAUGUGUCAGCUAAGGAAGAGGAGUUGCCACCUGUUCGAAGUCUAUUGCAGUCUGCCUGGGAAGAUGUGGAGCAGAGUUAUGUUGAAUUAUCACAGACACGAUACAGACGUGGGCAGCUGGAGACUGAACUUUCAGCUUUGAUGAGUAAGGCAGAGGCUGGUGUGCUGGCACAGGAAACAGACCCACUGGCCAGGAGUGUGUUUGAGUUGAAGAUGGAGGGAGUAAAGCAGGCAGUAGUAAGAGACAGUAUCAGAGAGCAGUGUACUCAGCUGCAGUUACGAGCCAGGGAAGCACAGGAGGCCAUCAGGACCCUGCAUACACAGUGGCAAAGUGUCAUUGACUUCAGACAGCUUGUGGAGAGGAGACAAGAACAGAUACGGAGCCUGAUCAAGGGGAAUUCCUCCGUGAAGACUGAAUUAACCUGUGUCCAUGCAGAGGUUGGACAGUUUGUGCAGGAAAAGCUCAGUCCUCAGUUUGGUAAUGUGAUUAAAGCUGGAAAUGGACUGCGAAACUCUGUGUCACAAGGGGCCAAGCACUUCAGUUGUGUAUCACUGGCUGCACUGGACCGCAGGGUCACAAAGGGGGGACAGAAGCUACCAGCAGCUCAGCUUUCCAUCCACCGGUUACAGUCUCCUGCUUUCCACAAACUCUGUGAAAAUCUCUCAUUUCCCAUGUAUAUGGCUCCAGAGGAGCUAUGGUCUCAGGCUGCAGCCCGACGGCUGGAGCUACGACAUCUGCGCAGACUCCUUCAGCUUUUCUCAGAGUCAGCAGCAGACGUGCAGAAGCUGACGGCAAAGCUGCCCUCCCCUGAUCAGCAGACUUUGCUGCAGCGUGUGAAGAUGGUAGAUGAAGAGAUUCAGCAGACGUUGUACCCUCGGGCAUAUGAGCUCACACAGAGGUGCUCUAAAGGCCUGCUUUAUGCAGAACAAGUGAAGACUGCUAUUACACACUGGUGGGAGCAGCCUGGUCAGUUUGCCCUGCCAGAGAUGCAGAGAGAAGGACUGUCUUUCCAACAGUGGCUACAGCGAUGGAAACUGGCAACAAAAGAAUCCUGACUUAUUUCUCUAUUUGUAAUCAAAAGUUUGUGUAGUGUAUCUGUUAACAAUUUAUAUUUUACUUUCAUAUUUCAACUCACUUUACUCUUAAAAAUAAACUGAUUAGCAUUCAAUAUGUUUUUAAGGAUGUUAAAUCUUUAUACACAUUUUUACUGUAUUAUGGUAGGCCAAAUUAUCUUUUAAUGUCCCCAGUGUUACUCGUCAUACUUGCAUUCUUACUAGAAAGAAUUCCAAUUAGAGAGCUCUCUAAUUGCAUUUUUAUUAGUAAGAAUUUAAAUUACAGAGUUCUCUAACUUAAUUUUUUACUAGCAAGAAUUUGAACUAGAGAGCUCUACAGUUGUAUUUUUACUAGUAAAAUUCAAAUUACAGAGUUCUACAAUUGAAAAUGUUUUGUCAUAUGUUUCCAUUGACUCCCAUUCAUUUUUAAUUACAGAGCACUACAAUUGAAUUUUUACUAGGAAGGAUUCCAGUUAGAGAGCUCAACAAUUGAAUUACUAGUGAGAAUUAUAAGAAAGCUCUGUAAUUGAAUUUUUACUAGUAAGGAUUCCAAUUAGAGAGAUCUCUAACUGAAUUCUUAUUAGUAAAAAAUCUCCAUUAAAGAGAUGUUUAAAUGCAGAGCUCUGUAAUUUGAAUUCUUUCUAGUAAGCAUGUAAUUGUAGAGCUCUUGAAUAGAACUUCCGCAGGACACGAUCAGAUUUCUUGCAGCGCGGGAUGAAAUUUCCGAGUUGAAGGCGAUAGCGGACAGUAUAUCCAUGUGUUUUGUGUGGAAGUGGGCAGUCAGAAAAGAUCCUAAAAAUCCUAUGUGGAUAUUUAUAUGAUUAAUUUAUGAAUGCAAAAAAAAAAAAAAAAAAGCCCAAAACAAUUUUAUUUAAAAAAAUUUUUAUGACAAACAGAAAAUCCAAUGUAAAAAUGUGCGCGCCAACACGUGCAUCAAAUUAUCUAAUAUUUGGAGCAGUCUAUUGUCAACGACACUUUAGAAGAAUGGCAGAGCAUAGCAUAGACCCACUGUGUCAUCAAAGCACGUGAAACUGGGACUGGAACAAAACUGGGACACAAAAUGUAUUAUGAAUAUAUAUUAUACAUUUAUUAAAAUCAUUAUUAAUUUAUAAAAAGCCCCAUCAUCU